AAAUAAAUUAAUAAUAAAUAAUUUCAAUCAACAAUUCAAAUGGCGCGACUCGGUAUGCUCAGCGCUGUCGGAAGACAAUCUCUGGACGAAGAAUGUCUGCUCGUCUCUCCUUCCAAACUAGGGUUCUCUGCAUCGAUCGACGGGCUGCAUUUGUGGGUUUGAUUCCUCUGGGCGUAUGAGGAAGAAAGAACUUGUAUAUAGUUGAAUUUAGGACGCCUAGAUUGUAGCAUGGAUACGGUGAAUGCAGAAAGUACCGAACCUGAGGUUGAUCUUGAAAGUGGCGGGACGGCCUCCAAAGAUGAGAGGCCAAAGAAUGCUUCUCCGCCUAGUUCACAGAGGAGAAAAUGUCUCAAAAGGGCCUUGGGUGGAGCUCUGAGGUUCGAUGGUUCAUCGAAGAGCGAAUCUGGAGCAUGCGUUUGUAGCGAUAGUUUUAGACAUGGCAAGGAUGUAGAAGGAAGUCUGUCGGUACUAGUAGAUAGAAACUUGAAAGAGAAUGAUAAGGAAAAUGUCCCCUUCUUGGAAAAGAUGUACGUACAGGAAAAACACCCCUUGACCAACUCUAGGAAGGCCCCGAAACCACCAAGGCCUCCGAAAGGUCCCCUUCUUGAUAUUGCCGAUCAGAAGUUAGUUAAGGAUAUUGCCGAGGUUGCUAUGAAGAAACGAUUGAGGAUUGAACGCAUGAAAGCGUUGAAGAAGGCUAAAGCAGCCGCUUCGUCGAGGUCAUCUUCAACCAGCAGCAUAGCUGCAAUGCUCAUCACAGUUCUGUUCUUCUUUGUAAUCGUCUUUCAAGGAAUCAACUUGAGAAGUGAUCCAAGGCUGCAAGGUUCUCCUGAAUCUGAUGUUCCCAUGAGCGAAAGUAUGAUCUCGGUUCAUCAUUUCGAUAACCUUUCUUCUAACUAAUGAAGUAGCUUCAGUUCCAACUCCAACUCCUCCAAAAUCUCCUUGAUUGAAGAAUAGAUGUGUUUCCAGUUCGAGUUCUCAUGAAGCAGCAAUUGGAGUUGCUGAUUGAUGUGGUUUCUGUACAAUUUACCAAGCAUUUUUUAGCGGUCAGCAUCUCAUGUUACCUCUAUUUUCUGAAUCGAACUGGUUCUUAGGCAUUGCUUGGCUGUGUUGUUGUAUAUAUUUUUGUAGAAGAUACAGCUUCUUUUGCUGAUAUCGAAGAUACAGUAGAAAAAUGAUUUGCAUUUACUAGUUCGCCCAAGUAAAUUAACGAGCCAAUUCGAGCUGAGAGGGAUGACUGACCAGAGCUUGACUUUACCCGUCAAA